AGGACUGAUUCUAAAUAUUUUGAGUACGAAUCGAUGCUUAUGAAAUCAGCUGUGUAUUUCAAAAUCCAAUCUUUACAAAAUUUAUGUUAUGAUCAUAACAUUUAUACAAUAUAGAAGUCAACAAGUAUGGGAAAGAAAAAGACAAGAAAUAAAGAAGCAGAGAAUAUUGAUGAUGCUGAUGUGGAACAGCCGUUGUCAGGGAAACCAGCCACAUCUCAGUUGCCACGGAAACAGUCGGUUGUUUGGAUAGCAUUCAAGUCGGUGAAGACAAAACUAAGUCUAACAGAUGAAGGGGCAUCUCCAGUAAACUGGAAAGUCAUCUUCCUGGUCUUCAUCUCACUGUUUGGAAGUUCAUUCAACAUUACCUACUUAUUUCCUUUUCUUCCAGAGAUGAUCCUGACAUUUGGGUAUAAAGAAGUUGAUAAAGGAUAUUAUGCUGGAAUCAUUGCGUCCUCCAUGUUUGUUGGUAGAGCCUUUGGCAGUUACUUCUGGGGCUGGAUAUCAGACAAAAAAGGUCGGCGACCUAUUGUACUCACCACAGUUUUGCUGAUAGGACUUUGCUCGUUAGCUUUCGGUUUCACCACCAAUAUAUAUUUUGCUGUAAUAAUGAGAAUGCUAGCUGGUCUUGUAAAUGGGACAGUUGGAACUGCAAAGACAAUGCUAUAUGAGAUAUCGGAUAAUACGAACCAAGCUGUGGGCAUGUCUAUUAUAUCAGUGGCUUGGGGGUUAGGAAUUAUUACAGGGCCUGCAGUUGGAGGUUAUUUAGCAAACCCAUGUAAGCAGUACCCCAGUGUAUUUCCAUCCGAAGGUUUCUUUUACCAGUUUCCCUACAUGCUUCCCAGCUUUAUUGCAUUUGUGGUGUGUAUCACUGCCUUUAUAAUAGAUUUUAUUUGGCUGCCAGAGACACUUUAUACCAAGGUGGAGACAGAUAUAAUAGCAGAUGAGGCAAAAGAGGCUGAUGAUGAUAAAACAAGUUUACACUCGAUACAUACCCACAGUAAAUCUCCAAACUUCAAACACUUCCCGAUACAUCUACAGGAGGUCAAUCCAAGACAGGCUAUAUCAUGUGAAAAUCUACAUGUAGAAUCAGAGGGUGCAACUUACCUUGCUGGUUCAAGAAAGGAAAUCCAUAUAACCAGGCGAGGAAUCUCAUUUACAGAAAUGCAUGAUGGGUCACAUAUUAAAAAGUCACAUUCUGAUAAAAAUAUCAGCAAACAUUUUUAUUUAGAUGAUAAUAACACGGAAUCGAAUACUGUAGCAUAUAACAGGUCAAACAGUGUUAAAAGUGAUACAUGUACAAGAAAUGGUGUCAGUGGUCGUGAAGAUUUGACAGCUAAGUUUAUACCUGAAGUGUCGAGGAAUGGAGAGCUAUCUGAAGUCAAUGGAGUAAAUGGUGUAAAUGAAGAUUUAAAUUCUAUAGAAGAGUGUAAAAAGGGAGAUAAUCAAAAGUGCUGUGCAACUUUGAGAAAUUGGUCUGUGAUACAACUUCUAGGACGAUAUGAUGUUUUUCUAUCAGUACUUCUUUACUCGCUAUUCUCGUUUAGUGUGAUAGGAGUAGAAGAUAUUUUCUCCGUCUGGGCAUCUACAGAUAUUAUGCUAGAUGGCCUAGGUUUUGAACCAAAUGAAAUAGGAACAGUGCUGGGGACAACAUCACUACCUCUGUUAUUUCUACAGUUAUUUGUCUUUCCUAAUCUAGUCAGAAGACUUGGUAUUAAAAAGACAUUGGUGAUAUGUACAGCAUUAUUGAUGGUUCUUACAGAGGGCAUGCCAUGUAUUCAUCUACUGAUUGACAUGCCAGUAACAUUAUGGGUGCUAUUGUUAUCUACAAACACUGUGAUGAAGUUGAUGAUAAGUUGUGUAUUCUCCAGUACUUCUUUACUUAUCAAUAAUUCCGUGGAACCUGAGCUUGCAGGUCAAGUCAAUGGUCUGUCCAUGACAGUUACAGCUAUAUUUAGGUCUUUAGCGCCGCUAGUAGGGGGAUUCCUGUAUUCCUGGACAGUUGGAUAUGCAUCUAAAGCUAUCGGACCACCGUUUGAUAUCAGUUUUGUUUUUGUUUUGUUUGGGACAGUUUAUUGGCUGGUUGCCAUUGUGGGUGUUACCAUACCAGAAAGACUGAACAGACAGAAGAAAUAAGUGUACAGUAAGGCCAAAAGAAUAAUUAUUCAUGUCUAAGGCACCAUUUUGGUGCAACAGAGAGUAUGUUGUCCUUUCUUAGAUGUUUUUUUUUAUAAUUUUUUUGUGAAAAUGCGCUUUGUGGAUGAAAAGUACACACACAAAAAAGAGGAAAUCUAUUGAAUUUUUUUUACUUUGAAAUAUAUCAUUUACAACAAUUUAUUAUAGUAAACUAAAAUUGUAUUGCUGAUUUUGGGUGAAAUUUUGGAACCCGAUUUUUGGCUAACAUUUGAUGCUGGGUUGGUCCCUGAUGCCCAAGCACAAAUGGACUUUUUGAAAUAACCAUAGAAACCAUCGGAAACUGGACCCUCCAAAAGCAUCAAUUUUUUCUGUUAUGGGGGUUGGGGGUGAGGGGUCAAGAAAAAUAGCUGUUACGGGGUGAAAUAUUGGAACCCAAUUUAUGGUUUGCAACUGAUGCAGGGAUGGUCCCUGAUGCAAAAGACCACAUGUAUAAUGAAGACCACUUUUCCUAAGUGUGAUCAUUAUGGAAAGGAAUUAUUUGAAAGACUAUCUGAUGCUUUGUCCAUACUAAACAUACCAAAUUAUACACCCCUCUUGACUUAGUGACAAUUUAAUGUUAAUGAUUGACAUGAUUAUUUCUCAUUACUUAAAUUUCUAAUAUAAAUUUCCCAAAGGAGAAAGAAGGUAAAAUUGUCAAAUUGGAUUCUUGGGCUUCUAAAAAGUUGUAGAAAUCCAUAUUUCUGCAGUAGAUAUUUGUAUCAAUGCUUGGCUUUAGUCAGUUGUUUUAGUAAAAAAAUAUGUCAAGGUUGUUGUGAUAUUCCAAAGAUAGUCAGUUUAUAUGUCUGUGUCCAAAUUCAUUUCUACCAAAUGAACCUUAAAAGGAAUACUUAAAGGGGCUUCUACCUAAGGCAUAAAGUAAAUUACUGGACCAUCUCUAGAUAUUACUGUUGACCCUACAUUGGUCCUCCACUGCUGUUUCAUGGGAUGAAGUUGACAUUGUCUUGCAGAGAACAGGUUUGUACUGGUAUAGAAUCCAGGAACACUGGUUAGGUUAACUGCCCGUCAUUAUAUAACUGCAAUACUGUUGAAAAACGGCAUUAAACCCAAAACAAACAAAGCAAAAAAUACUGUUGACCUUAACAUUUUUUCUUUCACUUUUCAACCUUUCUUUUUUUAUCAGUUUCACACUUUAAAGAGUCGUUACUCAUCAUCAUAAACCAGGUGUCAGCUUGGGUACCAAUAUUUUAUCAGUUAGGCUAACUUUUUAUUGUAAGUUAAAAUUUAAGGUAAAAAUUUGGUGUUUCUGCUGUUACUAAAUUUAAACCUUUGCAGAAGCGUUAUUUUAUCAUCUCGAACAUGACAGUCUAUAAUUCUGGCAUCAAUAUUAAAUUUAUUAUACACCCUUUUUAUUCAGAAUUUAAUGUUAUGCACUUUUAUAUGCGUGGAUAUCAUAUUAUUUAUUACAGAGAGGCUGUAUCUACUUAAUACAAAAUUUACUGGUUUAUGCCAAUCUUAUAUUUAUAAUUAAAGAUACAAAUUGUUUGCAUUUAUAUUCCUUGUUUUUCAGCUUGACUGUUCAAAUUUUUUGCGUGCAAGUUACUAUCUUCAAAACUAAUUCAGAUAUGGAAUUGAAUCUUCACUUGUGUCUUUGGAGUUAUAAAACUAGGUGAUAGCAUCAAGUCCCAUAACUCUGACAUGCAUUUGGGCCAAGUUAUGUCCUCUUUUGAACUUUGAAAAUUUGGGUUUUAGUUUUGCAUGCAAGUUACUAUCUCCAAAACUAAUGCAGAUACUAGAUUGAAACUAUAGAUAUUUUAACAUUUAUGGUAAUAUUCCUGCUUCUGGGACAACAAAAUUUGAAUAGUCCAGCAUUGGCUGUCUUACGGACAGCUCGUUUAUUCAUUUUGUUAGUCUACAAUAUAUUUUUGGCCUCAUAUGGUUCUGGGACGAUCUGUGUAUGAAAAGAAUUGGAACCACUGCCUUACCCUUGCAUGAUCGUAAGAGGCGACUAAUAGGGUCUUAACACUUGGUUUUGCUGUAAGUCUGUGAUUCCGGCAGGUAUGCAAAUUUUGAUUCCAUACCUCAUGUUUUUAUUUCGAUGUAAAUGAGAUGUGAAACCAAAAUUUGUAGUCCUGUUUGGCGCCAUAUAACCUAUACUGUGUUGGUGCGCUGUAAUACCCAAAUAAAUAAAUAAAUAAAUAAAUAAAUAAACAAUAUAUUUUUUAAUCAUUUUACAGGACACGUUUGAUCUCAUCUAUACAUAAUUCACAGUAUAUCUACUGUUUAGUUCUGACAUAUGCAAGAUCUCUCUUUGAAACAUUUUCAUCCUGUAGAAUGAAGUCUUCACAGUGGUGACAAUAUUAUUAUUUUUACUCUUAUUAGAUACAUGUGUUUUUAUCAGUAACAGUUGCUGUUUACUUUUAUUUUACUAUUGCUAACAUAUCAAUGUUAUGUUAAUGACCUGUUUUAAUUGAGACUUUAUUUUUAUCAUUGUUAUUGUGUUCAUUGUACCAUGUAACCUUUACCUUGCUAAAUUUCUAAAAUGGACUGGUCCAUCAUUCAAUUUGGGCAGUACUACUUAUAAUUCAAAGGGAUGUUCAGUGAACAUUUACCGACUGAAUAGCGAACAGUGCAGACCAUAAUCAGCCUGCAUGUACGUGCAGGCUGAUCUUGGUCUGCACUGGUUGCAAAAGCAGAACCACUUGCCACCAGCAAGCUAAAGGUCAAGUUAAAUAUUAUACAUGUAGGGGUAAUUGACAAAUGUUGCUGAUUUUUUAUAUUAGAAUAGACUAAUGUGUUAAAACAUAUAUUAUUUCUUUGUUAAUGGGCUGAAAUGACUUUUGUAUAGCAGUUUUAUUUUACAUGAUAUACAAGUGUUACUACUGUUUACAAGUGUUUACUCUUAGUAAUCAUGGGUACAGUGUUAUAAUAAAAAAAAGAUUUCUUGUUAAAGUGUAAGAUGAACGUUAAUUAUAGUAAAUAUUGUAAUUAUAAAAAGUAACUGUUGUAA